AUGAAGAAGUUUAGGAGAAAGGUUUAUCGUGAAUAUGAAAAUUUUGUGCGACCCAAGACUCAUGUGGAACCGGAGCCACCUAAGCCCAUCAAUUUAUCAAUUGAGGAUUUCAAUGCGCGCGGUGAAAUCGCCAAUCCUCGUGCUCCCUGCGUGGUGACCACCAUCGAUCCCGAUUACAUUAAAGAUGCCAGCCUCCAGAGAUUGGCCAGAAAGUUUCGCAUGAAAACGGACAUCCUUCUACUCCGAGAUAUCACUCGCAACCGCUUCAUGUACUAUGCCACCCAGGAACUAUUCCUGGAUAGAAAACGGGAAAAGGAACAGCAGGACCAGCUGUACGAGAAGGCGGAGGAGUUUCAUAAGUUUGCCGAGGAUUCAUUAAAGAAAAUGGAGGCGGAGGAGUUCAAGAAAAUGCUAGAGGCCCAGGAGAAGCUUAAGAAACUCAAGGAGAGCAAGCUGGCCGAAGAGCUGAACGAGGUGAAGCUGGAGCACCAGAGAGUCCUCAUGGAGGUGCAGGAAGUCUACGGCCGUUUCCAGUACUUGCUCAAGUUGAUCAGCUAUUUUGACGACACGGUGGAGGAGGAUCAAUCGGAUGGGAGCGAAGGAGCCGACCAUCUGGUUAUGCCAAAGGAAAUAGUGGCCAUGGAAAUUACAGAACGUAACCCAGCGGGGUUGGAGCAGGUGCGUCAAGUGCAGGAAUACAUGGAGAAGGUGGUGCGGCCCUAUCUGGCCAAACGAAAUCAUCUGAACGCCGACAUCUGGAUACGGGGCUAUGAGCGGAACCGCCUAAAGGUUUCCAACUACAACCGACGCUUCACCCAGCUGGCGAUCCUGAACCACAUUGUGGAUAUACUUCACAAUAAGACCCAAAAAACCUACGACAGGCAGGUGACAGCGAAUGUGUUCCUCAAGGACCCAGAGUUCCUGCGACGUCGUGUGGCUGCCCUACAAGAUCGGGCCAAGGGAUUACUGGAUGAUUACGAAAAUAAAUACUGCAAAGACAAACUAAACAUCAAGCUGAAUAGCAUUGUUCCGGUGAUCCUCAAGCACAUUCAAAACAAAGUCCAUCCCGAGCAGAAGAAGGAGGAAUCGGAACCAGCUCCCAAACCACCAAAACAGCCCGCCAAGAAGUCCUCGAAGCAAUGGCGCACCCUAGAAGAUGUCCAGGGUACACCGCCUCCGCCAAAAUGUGCCUACGAAGAUGAACAGGACACUACCCUAGCCAAAGUGGAGAAAAUUCAAGCUAACGUUCUGGAUCUCCUGGCAAAGCUGGACCACGUCGAACCCAACGAACUGCGUAGAGUUGAGGCACAGGUGCGCCGCCGAAUGGCAGCGGAUAAGGAAAUGUCACGCCGUGCACUGGUGAAGCAAAACCGUCUGAACAACUGGAUGGAGCACUUCAAGAAGCACCAUCGAUUGCAGGUGGAACAGCGACGUAAACACAAGGUUUAAGCCAACUCUAUAGAAAUAU